GUCUACUCCUUUGGAUUUCACUACAGUUCCUCAAGCUCUUCCAUUACUCCUCUUCAAAUACAUAUCGAGCCUUCGCUACGUAUAUAUCAUUCUGUCCUCCUCCUCUCAUCCAUUCCGUCACCUUCUCCUCCACAAAGGUUUCGAAUACAUCCACCCACUGCCGCCCACUUAUCUUGUCAUCAACCUUCGCCUUACCUCUCUGCCAUGAACUCCUCUAUCAAGGUCGACCCCAAUACCAACCCAACUUCUCAACCUCCAGCGGCACUACCCAAGUACCACAACCCAUACACCAAGAUGUCGUCGAGAAGAGCUAUUGCCUGCACAAUCUGCGCCAAAGCAAAGACGAAAUGCGACAAGCUGGUACCAUCUUGCUCCCGUUGCACAGCCAAGGGUCUCCAAUGCGAGCCUCGCUCAACCAGGAGAACUUCAGACAACAGCUACCGCAACCCAAGGAAACACUUGGUGUCUCCCAAGAGGUAUCCUACGACAAACUCCAUCCCCAACAUGAGCAGGCACAGCUCGCCAAGGAGCGUCCCAGACAGGCACCGCCUCGUCCGUGCCGUCUCACAGAUGGACUUCCACCAAGCAGCCAAAUUCGGCCAACACCGACCAGACUUUGCUACCAUGUCCAUGCUCACUCCCCUCCAAACCUACACCCCACACAUCGUCGAUGAAUGCUAUUCGUAUUCAAGUAGUCCAGAGCAGAACAUGUCCGCCUACACACAACCUCCCCUCGAGAAGAACAAGUACCUUAGUUCCGGACGCUUGACUCCGCAAACUCCGGAGUCCGUCGUCUACAACGAGCCAGUGAACAUCAUGGACCCCUUCGACCCUUACAUGGACCAAUCAACAUGGACGCACGACGGGCAGAUCCCCAUUGGCCUUGGUUUCGGUGACGAAGUGCCUGGUCUCAUGCCCAGCGAUCAACUGUGGUCAGGAUCUGAAGCAGACGUCGUCAACACAACCUCGAUGGGAUCGAUGGGCACAUUCGAGACACCGCUCUGUGGCUCACCGGGACCGAUGAAUGCUUGGCCCAACCAAGCCGUCUCCAUGUCGCCUCCGCAGCUCCCUCACUCCCGCGCAGUCCCGGCACUCUCCAUGAGCGAAAGCUCCGUGCAUGACUUCGACUCGUCACCCAACAACAACCAGGACGAGUGGCCGACGUACAUGGGCCACCAAGAGACAUCCACACCGUACUUCGACAGCCUAAAGGCCAUGUCAAAAUCUCCACAAGUCUGGGAUGACAACAUGCUUCACACUGCUGCUUACUAGAUGUGCUUUCGCCGAUCUGGGGCACGCACUGCUCCGGCGUUGUGUCUCACCCUGCACGUCUGAUCACGUUACUUUCGAUUUCGGUAUUGGGAGGAUCUCGUCUCUUGUUUUCAAAUAAAUGUACUACGCGGUUGUAAACGACAUUAGCUCUCUUAUUGUUACGUCCUGCUUUUUUCAAAAUACCCUUGUGCUGGGAUUUGGUCUUUUCUUUUUCUUUUUCUCUUACUGCGAGGGCAUCGCGCGGUCUUGGGUCAUUUGC